CAAGUAAAUGAAGAAGAUGAAGUUAUUUAUAGAGAAGAUAAUCAAAAAUAUCGAAAGUUAAAUAAUAAUACAGCACUACCACCUACCUGGAAACAAUUAAUUCCUCGUUUAAUAUUAUUUCUUUUGAUUGCUAUUAUUUCCCUUCUGUUUUCAAUUUCCUUAGCUCAUACUGUAUUAGAUAUUAAUUUACCUAGAACCCUAACAGACAUUCAAGAGAUAUCGAUUCACUUGGAAGAAUUAAUUAAUAAUAGUUGGACUGGUUAUGGCUCGGUUACUUUUGUAUUCGCUAUUUUGUAUCUUUGGCAACAAGCAUUUUCAAUUCCAGGCUCCGUUUUAUUCAACCUAUUAGCCGGUUAUUUGUAUGGUAUCACGAUGGGUACUGUCUGGACAAGUCUCUUGACAGCUGGAGGCGCUACCUUGGCUUACGGAUUAGCUAUCUUGGUAGGAGAACCUUUAAUUCGAAUCCCUUGGAUGGCUCGUAAAGUUGAACCUUUAAAUCGACAACUUGAAGAAGAGAAACGCUCGGGCGGUCUCUUUUGGUGGCUAUUAUUUGCACGUCUAUUCCCCUUUUCACCUUACUGGCUUAUCAAUUUGAUUUCUCCCUUAUUAGAUAUUCCCAUCAUUCCCUUCUUUUGGUCCACCUUUUUGGGCUCUAUGCCUUACAAUUUUGUUUGUGCUCAAGCAGGUGAUGUCCUGGGUGACUUGACGUCGACAUCAGAUAUUGUAUCUGUAGCUCUUGUAUUGAAACUCUUGAUUGUUUCCUUCGUAUCGCUUGUGCCUGUCAUUUGGGGCAAAGCAAUUCAACAAUGGGCAAAACAAGCCUUGGGUCUC